CCGCCCUGUCAGGAUGCAGUCUGCUGUUUUCCAAUCGCAUCGAGCAACGGGAUUCCGGCUGGAAUCUACCUGGCUGGGAUACAAUGAUCCUGCGGAUAAUCAGCUAACCGAUUAUUUAUUUUGCCGGAACUGCUGGAUUUAAAAGCGAUACACGGAAUGCACAAAAUUGGCGACUACCAGCGGAUCGAGAAGAUUGGCGAAGGAACGUACGGAGUUGUGUACAAAGCCAAGGAUGUUAACACGCAAAAGUAUGUUGCCCUCAAAAGGAUUCGGUUAGACAGUGAAACCGAAGGUGUCCCAUCGACCGCAAUCCGUGAGAUAUCCCUACUGAAAGAUCUCCAACAUCAUUCGAUUGUAGAACUGUUUGACGUUGCCGUGAUGGACUCCAGCAUCUACAUGAUCUUCGAAUAUCUGGACAUGGAUCUCAAAAAGCUUUUAGAUCGACACAAAUCGUCGUUCUCGCCGAAGUUGGUAAAAAGUUACAUGCAUCAGAUGCUGGAUGCAAUCGCGUUCUGUCAUAUGCAUCGGAUCCUGCACCGAGAUCUCAAACCACAGAACCUGCUGGUGGAUCGUGCUGGCCACCUCAAGUUGGCCGAUUUCGGCUUGGCCCGGUCUUUUAAUGUUCCGAUGCGAACGUACACUCACGAGGUGGUCACACUUUGGUACCGAGCUCCGGAAAUUUUACUCGGUACGAAGUUUUACGCAACCGGUGUGGACAUUUGGAGUCUGGGAUGCAUAUUUGCGGAAAUGAUUCUGCGGAGGCCGCUGUUUCCGGGGGACAGUGAGAUCGACCAGCUGUAUAGGAUAUUUCGAACGCGAGGGACACCGGACGAAAGUAAUUGGCCGGGUGUGUCGCAGCUGCCGGAUUACAAGAAAAGUUUUCCCCGUUGGGACGGCCAGUCGGUUCCCGAGCAGAUAGAGGUUUACCGAGCCAAAGAUUUGUUCGAGGUAUUGAUGGUUUACGAUCCAACCAAACGGAUUUCUGCUAGGAACGCUAUGCAACAGCCGUACUUUGACGAUGUGGAGCUUGUGCCGCCAGUACUUGAGUGAAGUUCCACCGGGCAAAGUAUAAAAUAUUUUAGAAUAAGUAAAGGUUUGAAAAUGAAAAAUAUUUGACAUCUGUGUGCCGCUACAAAGUAAAGUAAUUUAGUCGCUAUUUAAAUAAAAUUAGGAAGUAAAGAUAA